AUGAGUGAAGGUGAUUCAAGAGAACAAGUUUCACCAUCUAUAACAGCGAUUAGCGGCGGCGGUAGUAGAUAUCGAUCGUUGUCGAAUUCACGCAUAUUGAAUGAAAACAAUAACAACAAUGUCGAAAACAAUUCUAGUAGUACAAAUAGUUCUCAAAUAAAUGACAACAGUAAUAACAGGACUGCUAGUACAGAUUCUCGUCGAAAUAACAGACGGCCACGUAAUUCAGACGAACAGUCGAGACCUCGCAGAAAUAGGGACAAUGUUGAGCGCUCUCAGCAACAAGCGGAGAACGCAGAUUCCAAUGACCUAGCAGGAAGUUCGAAUCUCUCUAAUUCUUCUACAAAAUCCGCGAACUCAGAAGCUGGCGAACAAUUACCGGUCAAUACCAAAGGAAAAGCUCGUGAGAUUCAAUCAUCCUCUUCGAAUGAUUUCGCUUCGAAUUCUAAAAAUCCACGAUCGAAAAGUAAGAAUUUCAGCUUUCGCUCAAAACGGGCAACAAUAAUGCGAAUGUCACAAAAUGAAAUCACUGAUGUUCUCACGUCCAUAACACACGGCCUUACAACAUCCACUUAUGAGUGUGUGAUCUGCUUCGAAUUUAUUCUUCCGAAACAUCGAACUUGGUCUUGUAAUGUGUGUUGGGUGGUACUCCAUUUACAAUGUACAGAAAAAUGGGCAAAGAAGUCGAUUACAGAAAAUAAGAGCACAAAUAAUUUGUGGUGUUGUCCAGGAUGUAGAAGUGAUUAUUAUUCUAUUCCUCGUGAUUAUUGGUGUUUUUGCGGAAAAACACGCGAUCCCGAGAUUAAUCGGUAUCUAACACCACACACAUGCGGGCAAACUUGCAAAAAAUCAAGAGACUGUCCACAUGAUUGCACAUUGCAAUGUCAUCCAGGACCAUGUCCACCAUGUAGUGCAAUGGGACCAAGGACAACUUGUUGGUGUGGUCUUCAAACUUUUCAAAAACGUUGUGUUGAUACUGACUACGUCGGAAAAUUAUCUUGUGGUGAAAAAUGUGGACGGAUGUUAGAAUGUGGCUCUCAUUAUUGUCAAAAACCAUGUCAUGGUGGUCCCUGUAAUACAUGCACUGAAAUGCAGACACAAUUGUGUUAUUGUGGAAAGAGUGAACGCAUAACUACUUGCGGUGAAGGAAAUGUCUCUAGAAGUAUAUCCAAUCGUGAAGGUGACCGUGAAUAUUGGUUCGGUCAUUUCGAAUGUGAAAAAUUAUGUGAUAGACUUCUGGAAUGCGGAAAACAUCGCUGUGAACGAAUUUGUCAUCCAGUCGAUAGAAAGCUGGAAUCUUGUCCAUACGAGCCAUCAAGGAUUGAGACAUGUCCAUGUGGCAAAAAUUCAAUUGUUUCAUUGCUCGGACGACAACGUACUUCAUGCACAGACGAAAUCCCAACCUGUAAGAAUAAGUGCCCGAAAUUGCUGCCAUGCGGCCAUUCUUGUCAAUAUAAUUGUCAUCAAGGGGCAUGUUCAACUUGUGAGGUGAUAUUGCAAGUUCGAUGUCGAUGUGGGAGUACAUUAGUUCAACGAAAGUGUUCAGAAAUAAAUCGAGAAAGUGACGAAUUACCGACUUGCGAUAAAAUAUGUCAAGGACUUCGCAGCUGUGGUAAACAUCAAUGUAAUGUUCGUUGCUGUCCUUCAGCCAACAAACCACGAAAGAAAAUUAUGUUUGGGCAAGAGCCAGAAGAGGAGGAUGAAAAUCAUCGAUGUACCUUUGUAUGUGAUAAGAGACUUAAAUGCGGCAAUCAUAAUUGUCAAUUGCCAUGUCAUCGUGGGCAUUGUUUGCCAUGUUUAGAGGCAUCGUUUGAAGAGUUGACAUGUCAUUGUGGUAGAACAAAAGUAUUUCCGCCAAUACCAUGUGGCAUGACAGUACCGCCUUGUCCUCAUGCUUGUAUACGAGAACCUCCUUGUGGACAUGCUGGAGUGGCUCAUCCUUGUCAUACAGAUUCUCAAACAUGUCCCCCAUGUCCUUACUUUGUUGAAAAAAUGUGCAUGUGUGGACGAUCAGCGAUAAAAAAUGUUCCUUGUCAUAAAUCAAAUGUCAGUUGUGGUCGAAUUUGCGAUCGCAUCGCACCAUGUGGAGGUCAUCGAUGCAAACGUACUUGCCAUUCUGGCGAUUGUCUCACUAAUGAACAGGGUGUCACUAGAAAGUGCACACAACCAUGCGGGAAACCUCGAAAUCUUUGCGGUCAUCCUUGCACUGCUGCUUGUCACGCACCUGCCAGAUGUCCAGAAGACAUACCUUGCCAACAAAAAGUUACACUCACUUGCAAAUGUGGCAACUUAAAACAAGAAGUUACAUGCUUUAUGAGUUCUCAAAAUUCAAUUGAAAAUAAAAAUCGAGUGCUCCAAUGCACCGAUUAUUGUGCUAUGUUGGAGAGAAAUAGACGAGUAGCUCAAGCAUUAGAAAUUGAGACGGGUGAAAAUUCCAGCUUGAAAUAUGUUCCUAAAUAUUCCGAAGAGCUUCUCAAAUACUAUACAGCUCAUAAAGAUUGGGCAAAAAAUAUUGAAUUUCAAAUCAAUGAUUUCAUGAAAUCAGAUAAACAAACUUUAGAUCUUAAGCCGAUGAAAGCACCUCAUCGUCAAUUUAUACACGACUUAUGUGCAAUAUAUAGGCUACACUCUGAAAGCUUUGACGAAGAACCAUAUCGAAGCGUAUAUAUUAAAAAGAAGAUCGACUCUAUAAUGCCUCCGUACACUCUCGCCCAAGUAGUAGCAAGUAAUGCAUCUGCAAGUGGAAGCACAACUUUAUCCUCUACAAUAUCUCCUUCUGCCUCCUCUUCAACACUUGAACAACUCGUCCGAAAGCCAAAACAGCCAGUCAACGGACUUUACCUUGCUGAAUUAGCAUUUGGGAUCACCCGUGAAGAACUGCAAAAAGAAAUUGAACCAAUCAUGGGUCGAUUCAAAUUCAUGGUCAAAUGGGUGGCUGAAGAAGAUGCUGUAAUAAUGCCAUACGUUGGUUCGAUGCAAAUGGACGAACUCGAGAUAUUGUUAAUGCGUCUUAAAUAUUCGGCAAAAGAAGCUCUUGUACCAAAGGCUAUAUGCGCAUGGGUUGAACUUUGUUGGGUCAGCUCUAAAUUCGAAGUUGUUUGGCGUGAGCGUGGAAAAAUUAUUAAUAAUCUUGGGAAUGUUAGUGGAUUAGGAUCUGGAAGCGAUGCCGAAGCAAAAUCACCUCUUGUUACGCUCCCGCCUAAACCUCCAAUUGGUAACACAAAUCCAUUCGAGAUUCUUUCGUCGGAGAAUAACAGCUCCGCGAAUUUGAAACAAACUGCAUCGCGACCUUUGUCAAAUGCUUGGAUGUCUAGAAGACAACAAAAUCAACAGUCGGUUGCUUCUUCGAGUUCCAGUCAAACAAAACCUUCCCAAAAUUAUUACAAAGGCUUCUUUGCUGGAAGUGAAGAUGAUGUUCCUGAUGAUUGGGAAAUGUUGAGUGAUGGUUCGUUAUAG